UCUCAAAGGAAAUUCCUAAAAGAAAAGGAGCGGGACAAUAUGUGGGAAUUUUUACUCCCAUCACUGUUAUGCAUUAUCCUUGUUUUUAAAUUUUUUGGGAGUAAUAAUAAAAAGAAGAGCAAAUUGCCACCAGGAAGAAGAAGUUGGCCAUUAAUUGGUGACAGUUUCAACUGGUAUAAAGCAGUGUCUGGUUCUUACCCACCAGAAUUUGCUCAUCAACAGGUGAAGAGAUUUGGUAAGAUUUUCUCUUGCAGUUUGUUUGGCAAAUGGGUUGUCGUUUCAGCUGACCCAACUUUCAACCGAUUCAUAAUGCAAAAUGAAGGAAAACUGUUUGGAUCGAAAUAUCCGAAAUCGUUUCGAGAUUUAGUUGGAAAAAAUGGAGUCAUUACGGUUCAAGGAGAACAGCAGAGGAAACUCCAUGGGAUUGCUUCUAAUUUGAUGCGUUUAGAUAAGCUUAAGUUUCAUUUCUUGAAGGAUAUUCAAUUGGUUAUGCUUCAAACACUCAGUAAAUUUCAUAACAAUCAAGUCAUUUGCCUUCAAGAUGUUUGUAGAAAGGUGGCAAUUAAUUUAAUGGUUAAUCAACUGUUGGGGGUAUCAAGUGAAUCAGAAAUUAAUGAGAUGGCUCAACUAUUCUCUGAUUUUGUUGAUGGCUGUUUAUCUAUUCCUAUCAAUUUCCCUGGUUUCACUUAUUACACUGCCAUGAAGGCCAGAGAAAGAAUUAUACGCAAGAUAAAUAAGAUAAUAGAGAAUCAUAGAAAAAAUGAAAGUGAAGGUAAUGGUGUUCUUGGAAGGCUAUUAAAUGAGGAAAGUUUAGAAGAUGAUGCAAUAGCAGACUUCAUUAUAAAUCUUCUUUUUGCUGGAAAUGAAACAACCACCAAAACAAUGCUUCUUGCUGUUUAUUUCCUCACCCAUUGUCCUAAAGCAUUGCAACAAAUACUGGAUGAACAGGAUAAUCUAGGGACUAACUGUGUUGGUGAUGAAUUGCUUACUUGGCAAGACUACAAAGCAAUGCCUUUCACUCAGUGUGUUAUUGAUGAAACACUUAGGAUCGGGGGAAUUGCCAUAUGGUUAAUGAGGGAGGCAAAAGAAGAUGUGCUAUACCAAGAUUAUAUCAUUCCGAAAGGAUGUCUUGUCAUUCCAUUUCUCUCGGCUGUUCAUUUGGAUGAAAGUUUAUAUAAAGAAGCUCUGAGAUUUGAUCCAUGGAGAUGGAUGGAUCCUGAAUAUCAGGAAAAGAGAAAUUGGAGAAAUAGCCCACUCUAUUCUCCCUUUGGAGGAGGUGCUCGAUUUUGUCCAGGAGCAGAGUUAGCUCGUCUCCAGAUUUCCCUCUUUCUCCAUUACUUUGUAACAACAUACAGGUGGACACAAGUCAAGGGAGAUCAAUUGUCAUUCUUUCCCUCUGCUCGCUUGGUGAAUGGUUUUCAAAUUCGUUUGAUGAGGAGACAUGCAGAAUCAAAAUUAAAGUGUGACAAUGCUUCAAAUAAAAGCAGGACUGAGAGUGUAACAGAUUUUUAAUGCAUAAUGGACAUAUAUAACUUUCUUCCAUCAUAUGUUAAUUAUUUAUAGAAGUAGAUAUGGAGUUACCGAUGUAUACUAUUUCUAUUUUCAGUCUUGUUCGGCAAUGGCCUUUAAGGUAGCAUUUAAUCAAAAUAUUAUUUUUAUUGUUUAUA